GCUUAUAAAAGAUGACAGAAAUAAUCAAGAUGACGCAUGCGCAGGUCCGCACUCAGCCUGCUGGUUUAUUACGUCAUUGCGCGCAUGCGCGCAAGCUGUGGGCGGAGUUUUCCAGUCGGUCAGGAAGACGAGAAAGACGGACAGAGAAACAUAAAGAGAUGGCUGCCAUCAGGAAGAAGUUGGUGAUAGUUGGGGAUGGAGCUUGCGGGAAGACGUGUCUGCUGAUCGUUUUCAGUAAGGACCAGUUCCCAGAGGUCUACGUGCCCACUGUGUUUGAGAACUAUGUGGCAGACAUCGAAGUAGAUGGUAAACAGGUAGAACUGGCUCUUUGGGAUACAGCAGGUCAGGAAGACUAUGACCGACUGAGGCCUCUGUCCUACCCAGACACCGAUGUCAUCCUCAUGUGCUUCUCUGUGGACAGCCCGGACAGUUUAGAGAAUAUUCCAGAAAAGUGGACUCCUGAAGUUAAACACUUUUGUCCAAAUGUUCCCAUCAUCCUGGUUGGAAACAAAAAAGAUUUGCGCAAUGACGAGCACACUCGACGCGAGCUUGCCAAAAUGAAACAGGAACCAGUUAAAUUUGAAGAAGGCAAAGAGAUGGCAAGCCGCAUCAGUGCCUAUGGUUACCAAGAGUGUUCUGCCAAAACCAAAGACGGUGUGAGGGAAGUCUUUGAGAUGGCAACUAGGGCAGCAUUACAGGCCAAGAAAAACAGGAAGAAGCCUACCUGUGUAUUGUUAUAGGCCCACAGAGAAGAGGAAUCUGUUCUUAAGCACAGAUGGAGAGGGCUUCUUCCAUUGACAUGGGAGGUUGUUUUUUUUUUUCUUUUGUGGGUGGGAUAAAGAAGUUAUGCAGAUGCUCAGUUUCUGAUCACCUGAGUCUCAUCAGCAAAUCAAAGCAGAUCUGAAAUUAUUCUGAAACAUGCUUCUACAUUUUUCUUCUUGGUUUGUAGAUUAGGUUGGUGCCAUUUAUCUGGCAUCUGUCAAAAUUCUUUCAGAUCUUUUAGGCCUGUAGGUUAGUUGGUGGGAAAGGGUAGGAGGUGAUUUGAAGCGGAGUAGUUUUAAGCCAGGGGUUAUUCGUGCCAUGUGGGGAAUGAAGAAAAAAAAAUCAAGGUCCUUAUCUGGCCAAAGACAAUGGGAACAUAAGAGAAAACACCAGGAAGACAUAAUUUUAACAUAGAUUUGAAUUAAGGCCGUGUCUAAGCAGAUCUUACACAGUACCACCUACAUGUAGUGCCUUGAGAGCUGUGGUCAAGAAAAAAAUAUGUUGAAGAGUAAGGAUUCAUAACUUGGAUAGGGUAUUACUUUUGACUUGUAGUGUCCAUUCCUCACAUUUGUGAAAGCUUUCUCCCUUUCACCGGCUUGGCUCCGUCAGGCCCGUUUUCUGACUCAGCUACAAUGCAGGGGUAUGCCUAAACUAUUAAGCGUUUACCCCUCACUGAAUUACUUACCUGUAGUUUAGAGUGUGUGUAUGCAACUGUAUGGUAGUUUGUUUUCUCCAGUGCAGCUCUGCAUGCAGUGAAUGUGUGUGCGUGUGUAUUUUUGUGUGGCUGUGUGUAUUAACAUAUGUGUCAUGUACUGUAUUCAUGAAAAGGCCUUUGCGUCACUGAUCUAACCCCUUGUUUUCAUGCCAAAGUUACCCCAAAUGGCCACAUUUUAUGGCUCAUAUGGGUAAUGGAAUAAGACAGCUACUCAGAGUGACAUAGAAACCUUCACUUUACUGGACGUCAUUGUACUAUAGCCAGUGGCACAAUCAGGUUUAAAAUAUGUUUUAGGACCUUUUUUUUUGUGUAUGCCCAUAUUGAUUUGAUUGUGUUAAUCAGUGGGUCAAAUUACAAGUGGUGUAGUUGAUAAAUUGAUGUCUUUCAUAUAGAUAGUAGGCUUAUGUUAUUAUGUUCAUUAUGUACUGUAUGUCUUACAAGGCCUUGUAAGGACAUGUUAAUGAUGUGUAUUUCAAGUUUGCCUUUUACUCCACUCCCCAUUCCCCCUAAGAUGACAUUGUCAUAAUUGUAUUAUAUACUUUUUAUCGUUGUCUCAAUUUCUGAAUAUGUUUUAAUCAUUUUACCUAAUCGUGCUGUCAUAAUCAUCUUAUUUCAGUCAAAUAAAUUGUAACCAUUGUAUUGUUUCAUUUAAUUAAUUGAAGGUAAAGGUUGGGUGCUUGAAUAAAAGGUUUUAGGCUGCUAGAGCAGCGUUGUUUUUCUUUUUCUUCUUUCCCUCCUGUGAGAAAUAGAUUUUUUUUUUUUUUGUCGCCAAAUGAAUCUGGUAUUAGGGUUUUCUGUUAUAUUUAUGUUUUAUUUGAUCAAUUCACUAAUAAUUUCAGCAAUGUUUCCUAUAUUUUUGGCUUUAAUUUACCUUUUUUCCCCAAAUAAAAACACUAUCUCAAACUA